UCGUCACCACUCACUAGUGCCCGCGUAUACAUUACAUUUUGAUCUACGAACGUACGUGAACGCGCGAGCGUAGCUGGCGAUCUCGUCAAUUUUUUUCUUUGGCAGUCGACGUCGCAUCAAGUCCCGACAUUGUCGGCAGAAGAUUUGCGCUCGUUAAGUAUAUAUAUAUUUUAAUUAAUAUAUAUUAUAAUAUCCGUUCAACAUGAGAGCACCGACGAAGUUGUCACUUUGCGCACUGUUCUGCCUGGCUACCGCCCUAGCCGUCAGCGCGGAAAUCUACUUCGAAGAGAACUUCCCCGACGAUUCGUUUGAGACCAAAUGGACAUACUCGGAACAUCCCGGAAAAGAGUUCGGAAAGUUUGUUCACAGCUCGGGCGCUUUCUACAAYGAUGUCGAGGCUGACAAGGGUAUACAGACAUCGCAGGACGCUCGGUUCUAUGCCUUGUCCAAGAAAUUCCCGCCCUUCAGUAAUGAAGGCAAAGACCUCGUCAUCCAGUAUACAGUCAAACACGAACAGAAUAUUGAUUGUGGAGGUGGAUACGUAAAGCUUUUCAACUGUGAUUUGGAACCAAAGAAAAUGCAUGGUGAAACGCCGUAUGAAAUUAUGUUUGGACCUGAUAUUUGUGGACCCGGCACAAAGAAGGUGCAUGUUAUCUUCAGCUACAAUGGAAAAAACUUAUUGAUCAAUAAAGACAUUCGUUGUCGUGAUGAUGUUUACACUCAUGUUUACACACUUAUUGUAAAGCCUGAUAACACUUAUGAGGUAUUAAUUGACAACGAGAAAGUAGAAUCUGGUGAAUUAGAAGCUGAUUGGGACUUUUUGCCACCCAAAAAAAUCAAAGAUCCUGAAGCUAAGAAACCUGAAGAUUGGGAUGAGAAGCCUACAAUUGAUGAUCCUAAUGAUGAGAAACCAGAAGAUUGGGACAAGCCAGAACACAUUCCUGACCCAGCUGCUACUAAACCAGAAGAUUGGGAUGAUGAAAUGGAUGGUGAAUGGGAACCAGCUAUGAUUGAUAAUCCAGAUUUUAAGGGUGAAUGGAAACCAAAACAAAUCGAUAAUCCAAACUACAAGGGAGUGUGGGUACAUCCAGAAAUUGACAAUCCAGAAUAUAAACAAGAUGAUAAGCUAUAUUCAAGAAAAGAAAUUUGUGCUAUUGGUUUUGACUUAUGGCAAGUUAAAUCUGGUACUAUUUUCAACAAUGUUUUGAUCACAGACGAUAUUGAACUAGCUAAAGAAAAGGCAGAUGCCAUCUGGAAAUCAAGAUAUGAGGGCGAGAAGAAGAUGAAGGAAGCAAURGAUGAAGAAGAAAGGAAGAAAGAAGAACAAGAAGCAAAGAAGUCUGAUGAUGCUGCCCAACCUGAUGAGGAAGAUGAAGAAGAAGACGAAGACCUUGCAUCCAAAUCUGAAGAAGCCCACGAUGAAUUGUAAAAAAAAGACUGUGUGUAUAAUGUCAUUGUUUAAGUUGAUAUAUGAUUAUUAUUUUACUGUAUUAUUUAUUUUAAAUUUUAUCCGACCAGUGUAGGCCUGCCACAUAUUGUUUUUCAUUGAGCACUCUCAUUCACACCUAUAUUUUUUUUUAACAUAGUGUGCGAUUAAUGUUAAUUUAUGUUUCUAACCCUCUUAUAUCUAUCCUCUAAGGAACCCGUUGUUAAUUUGCAAUAAUUCAAAUCAUGUGAAGAACUUAAAAUAAUUAUGGCCACUUUUAGACUUKUAAUAUUAAUGUCCAUAUACUUAUAUUUGUUAAUUGUUUACAUUUGUAAUUAACUCCUUAGGUAAAUUCCUCCUACUUAAAACAUUUUUUCCUUAAGGUCAAAUAUGUUUAAAUUAUCUUCUUAUUCUAUAUAUUUAUUUGUCAACAAUAUUGAGUAUUUAUGGCUUGUACAUUUGUAGUACUACAGUAACAGAAAAAAACUACACUACUUAAGGUUUAUACUAUUUUAUAAAAAAAAUUUGUGUAUAAAAUAAAAAUUAAAUAGGAUAAAAAAUAAAA